GGGCGCGGGGCGCGGGGCGCGGGGCAGGGUCCUAGCGCUCCCUGCGGGCGGGCCCGGGGUUGUCGCGCGCGGCGGGGCAAUCACAGCGGGUUGCCACGGCGACAGAGCCUGGAGUACCCGCCCCGUUGCCAUGGCGGCACCCGGAUCUGCCCCGGCUCCCUGAGGCAAGCGCCGCUCGCCUGGGCUCCUGGCCGAUGUAGUUCGGAAAGGUGCGCAGGGCCGGCAGGGUCGUGGAGGCCCAGCCUUCCCCUGGGGUUUCAGGCAGACUUGGAGCCUUAAGGAGCCAAGGUCAGACUCACGGGAUCGGGAGGCCUCGAAAUCAAACGUAAUAAACUCCGGUUUCUUUCCAAAACUCGCACCGUACGAGUGGGGCGGGGGUCGCCCCCGUUUGCAGACCGGGGAGCGGAGGUUCACAGUGGCACCAGCGACACGGCAGGAUUACGUGGCAAAUAGGCUGGGUCAGGAUCUCCGGCUCUCCUCGCAGGCUCCGAGGCCAGCGGUCUGGGGCCCCUGGCACCCCUCUCUGAAACGCCAUCACCCGCUAGCCCUACCUGAGUCAGGAGGUCGAGGAGAUAAUGGGGCUCAGAAAAGGGGUCUGGAUAGGGGGAGGAUGGCGUCAGAGUGAUGUGCCCUAGAGUGGGCCUCGCACAGGUGUGGGCUGGGGCCGCUGGAGGGGGGAUGCCCUAUGAAACCACGCUGGGGGGGAGGGGGGGGGCAACAGUCGGAGAAACACGCAGGAGAGUGGAUGGCGCAGUGAUGGGCCGGCGGGGGCGGGGUGGCGGUGGUGCGGCCGCCCAGCGGUGGGGGUCGUAGGCGUAGGUAUCUCUUGCCGGGAGAGGGCUGAGGGCAGGGCUCAGGCCGUGCGUGUAGACGGGUGGGAUUUAGCGGGCAGAGGAGGAGCCUUCUGGGCCUGAGAACCAGCCCAGCAACAGGGGGUUACCAGAGACUGCACACGCCCAGCUAGAGGGGUUCAGCGAGGUCUGGCCGGCCCCACGCGGCAGCCUCCGGCCUGAGCGGCACGCCACUGUCCCCAUCGCAGCAGCCUCUGCGUGCUCCUCCCUGGGGGUGGACACUGGCCUCAAGAGCCCCAGCCUGGUCUUUCCGAUGAGGCCGUCGGCUUUGGGCUCCCGGGGCCGCGCAUCCCUAGAAGAUGAGGGGCCCGUCACGGUGAAGCUAGAGGACUCUGAGGCGGAGGGCGAAGCCGUCGCCUGGGAUCCGGGCCCAGAGGCGGCACGGCAGCGCUUCCGGCGCUUCCGCUAUGAGGAGGCCGCGGGGCCCGGCGAGGCGCUGGCCCGGCUCCGUGAACUCUGCCGCCAGUGGCUGCGGCCCGAGGCGCACUCCAAGGAGCAGAUGCUGGAGCUGCUGGUGCUGGAGCAGUUCCUGGGCGCACUACCCCCCGAGAUCCAGGCCCGCGUGCGAGGACAACAGCCAGGCAGCCCUGAGGAGGCCGCGGCCCUGGUCGAGGGCCUCCGCCGGGAGCCAGGAGGGCCCCGCAGAUGGGUCACGGUCCAGGUGCAAGGUCAGGAGGUGCUCUCGGAGAGGACAGAGCCCCCCAACUUCCAGGCCCUCCCUCAGCCCACACCUGAGACUCCAGAACCUGGGCUGGAGAUGCCCCCUGGGGCCAUGGAGCAGUCAGCACUGGGCCUGCGGGUGAAAGAGGAGUCCGAGGUUACCGAGGAGCCAGAACCGCUGCGUCCUCAGCCUCUAAGCAGCCUGCAGGGGACCCCUUUCACUCUGCUCCCCCACCAGGCCCGGGACUGUGGCGUGGUGCUGGACCAGGCCUCCCCCCAUAGUGAGCCUGGGCCUGAGGGUUCCUCCUGGAGGCAGCACCGUGGGGCCCUGUGGCAGGAGGAAGCUGGGGGCAUCUUCUCCCCAGGGUUUACACUCCAGAUGGACAGCGUCUCUGUGGACUCAGACAUCGUGAGCCCUCACAUCCACCUGCCCUGGGACCUCGGUGUGGCCAGCCUCACAGGCCGACUCAAGUCAGCCUCCCACGAAGCUGGCUUUUCACACGCGCUAGUGCUCUCCAGCGACCUGGGAGGUGAGCCGGACCCCACGGAGGAUGCCCGCCAGGGCGUGGGCCGCGGACUAGCCGCGGCGAGCUGGCGUGCCCCCAGGGGACGCAGCCGGGCUCGGGGGCGCCCCGGCACACGGGCCGGAGCUGAGCGAGGGGGCCGCUGCGAUGUGUGCGGGAAGGUGUUCAGCCAGCGCAGCAACCUGCUGCGGCACCAGAAGAUCCACACCGGAGAGCGGCCCUUCGUGUGCGGCGAGUGCGGCCGCAGCUUCAGCCGCAGUUCACACCUGCUGCGCCACCAGCUCACGCACACGGAGGAGCGGCCCUUCGUGUGCCCCGACUGCGGCCAGGGCUUCGUCCGCAGCGCGCGCCUGGAGGAGCACCGGCGCGUGCACACAGGCGAGCAGCCAUUCCGCUGCGCCGAGUGCGGCCAGAGCUUCCGCCAGCGCUCCAACCUGCUGCAGCACCAGCGCAUCCACGGCGACCCGCCGGGCCCCAGCGUCGCGCCCCCCGCUCCUCCCGGCGCGCCCGAGCCCCCCGGCCCCUUCCCAUGCAGCGAGUGCCGCCAGAGCUUCACGCGGCGCGCCGUCCUGCUGGAGCACCAGGCAGUGCACACGGGCGACAAGUGCUUCGGUUGCGCCGAGUGCGGCGAGCGCUUCGGGCGCCGCGCGGUGCUGCUGCAGCACCGGCGCGUGCACAGUGGCGAGCGGCCCUUCCGGUGCGCCGAGUGCGGCCAGAGCUUCCGCCAGCGCUCCAACCUCACGCAGCACCGGCGCAUUCACACGGGCGAGCGGCCCUUCGCCUGCGCCGUGUGUGGCAAGGCCUUCCGCCAGCGGCCCACGCUCACGCAGCACUUGCGCGUGCACACGGGCGAGAAGCCCUUCGCCUGCCCCGAGUGCGGCCAGCGCUUCAGCCAGCGCUUGAAGCUCACGCGCCACCAGAGGACGCACACGGGCGAGAAGCCCUACCGCUGCCGCGAGUGCGGCUUGGGCUUCACACAAGUCUCCCGGCUCACCGAGCACCAGCGCAUCCACACGGGCGAGCGGCCCUUCGCCUGCCCCGAGUGCGGCCAGCGCUUCCGGCAGCACGCCAACCUCACGCAGCACCGGCGCAUCCACACGGGCGAGCGGCCCUUCGCCUGCCCUGAGUGUGGCAAGGCCUUCCGCCAGCGGCCCACGCUCACGCAGCACCUGCGCACCCACCGGCGCGAGAAGCCCUUCGCCUGCCAGGACUGCGGCCGCCGCUUCCACCAGAGCACCAAGCUCAUUCAGCACCAGCGCGUGCACAAUGCAGAGUAGCCGGAGCACGUGGCCCCACCGUCGUCCACCAUUGGAGGCAGGGUGUGUAGGUAGGUGUUCCACCUACCUCAUGGGGUUGCGGAGACCCGUGAUCACGUCUGUACAAGCCAGCUCUCUUAGGGCCUGGCUCCCAGUAGGUGCUCAAUAAACAAUAUACAGAACCUC